AUGACGGCGGGCAAGGGGUGGGGGGUGCGCACGCUGGAGCGGCUGCCGCGGGGGGCGUUUGUGUUUGAGUACGCGGGCGAGGUGGUCACCAACACGGAGAUGGACGAGCGCAACCAGCGGCAGGCCAGGAACCAGCGCGGCACCUUCCCUAUCUACCUGGAUGCGGACUGGGCGGCGGAGGGGGGGCUGACUGACGAUGAGGCCUUGUGCCUGGACGCCACACAGCUCGGCAACGUGGCGCGAUUCGUCAACCACAGGUGUGGAGAUGCCAACCUUGUGAACGUGCCAGUGGAGAUAGAGCACAAGGACCACAACAUCUACCAUGUGGCGUUUUUCACGCGAAGGGAGGUCGAGCCAAUGGAAGAACUAACGUGG